AUGGAACCAGCUCUAGCCAAGUCACUGCCUGAAAGAGGAAGCAAAUUCUCAAUGUUGGAAAUUGAUCUCGGUGAUGGCCCAGAUCCUGUUGUCCUUCAUUUCGGAAUGCCUUUUGACAACCCAGGCCACCCAGGUGAAGGAUGGAUCAAACAAUCACAACCCAUCGCUGGAAGCCAAACACUACUGGAUGCUCUCUCCCAGCGAACUUUCCGUUUUGUGGUAGACUCGCCUGUGGAAGAUAUCCCGAAAUCAUUUGUCCCAGAGUACAUACCAUCACCCUUCAGCUACCCUUAUGGCACAGAUCACAGCUGGAAUCUGGAGCACUAUUAUGACAUGCUCUCUCUUGAAAAGGGCAGCACCUUCGAACGACAAUGGUCAUUUCAGGACCACAAUGAUCACCUUGCAGUGAUGACACAGUCCCAAGUCCAGGAUUUCGUUUGGCUUCAUGAGGCAGCCAGGGAGAUUUUCAAGCAAAAGUCGGAAGCGUACUUUGUCUCGACGGAGGGCUCCUUGCCACCGCAUAUCGACGAGUUCUACGUCAUCAUGCAACCGAUGCAGAGCUUCCUCAGAAAGUAUGGUGCUGCUUUGCGCUGCCUUCUCAAUAGCGAUACGCUAUACCUGUAUAUUUACGAUCCUACCGCUCGAGCUCAUAUCAAUGGCACGGGGCCAGCAAAAUGGCCAGCCCGAGUUGUCCACAUCUCCGCCAUUUUCAACCCACUUGUACACCAGGGUUUAUCAAGGGCACGCUGGGUUUGCAAUCUGUUACAAGACCAACACUUGAUCCUUACCGUGCGUCGGCCAAAGGAGAGAAACGUUCGCCCUAGUCUCAAUGUCGAGGUAUUGAACGAAGAUGCCCUGCAAAUGAACAAGAAAAAAAAGUAUCAUGUACGCUUGAAAUUUCUCGUAGACCAUAAAUCAUGCCAGCGCAAGGUCGAGGCUGUGCUUCAAUUUGACCCCAAGGCGGCUCGGCAAGUAUCGGGAGCCACAUCUCCCAUGGAUUUCAACAUGAGCUUGCACAGAGACCUUUUGCUCGGGAAUGGAUUCUUCGAAACCUACAAAAGUCUGCGGGAGCGUGCUGAGACGCAGCCAUGGAUGCGCCUUGCACGAAACCGCCCUCUGCCAGCGGUAAACCUGCUUCCAGAGUCCCAGAACGUCAUCGACGCUCUGAUGGAGGAUGUUGUCCCCAGCGAUCGCAAAAGGUUAUGCACAUAUCUCAGCAGGGUACCCCUAGGAUUUGGCCUUGUUACAGGUGAUCCUGGCUUUGGGAAGACAACGGUCCUCUCCGUAGCCACCCUCGGCAUGUUUAUCACCCUCGGGCCGAUAUAUGCAUGUGCUGCUACAGACGCCGCAGCUGACAACUUUGCCGAGCAUCUCCAUCGAAUCUCAGAGAGAUUCACAUGCCGGCUCAACGAAGCCAAGGGGUUAGACGGCAGUCGAGCUAAUCGUAUCCUCAUUGUUCGUGGCUACGAUGAAGAUGACGAGGUAGCUGCCUUUCAAAACCUCCUCGAACGUCCUCGGAUAGGAGAUCAGGCAGCUUCUCUAGAUAGCUUUGAUCCUAAACCGAAAUGGAGACUGCGCCUGUCCCUAGCAUUCUGGCUACUCGUGGCCCUACGAUCGCCUGCGUCAUACUUAGAUAGCCAACGGAAUUUGAGGCAGCUUCGUGAUGUGGCAACUGGGGCAAUUAGCCAUAGAGAUUACAGAGUAGGCCGUACGGUGGACUCCAACCUCAUCAAGGCCAUAUUCAAGAAGAUUCUGCGCUGUACUAAUAUCCUUUGCACGAACAUAUCCCUUUCUGGUCAAGGGCCAUACGAGCGCUGGAUGAAGACCGUAGCCAAGGGUAUCGCAGUGGACGAAGCAAACAAUGUUAGCCGUCCUGACCUCUACUCCGUAUGGGGCAACAAACUUCGUCCGUGUCUUAUUUGUGGCGACGACAAGCAGCUUGAACCUCGCUUGGUGAGUUUUGGCCAAAGAGAUGAGGAAGGCCACUCCAUGAACAGGUUUGAGCAGGAUGGCAAAAUUUCCGCUCUUCUCUUCUUCAAAUGCAAUGGCUGGCCUGUGUUUCGCUUGAGGACCCAACUCAGGAUGGCCGCUGGGCUGUUCGACCUCUGUCACGACGUAGUCAUAGGCAUGCCAGAUCCCUAUUAUGGACCCAAUUGCGAUAUCAGUUUGGAUCGGCAUGCGUGUGGUCGCGAACUGGAAGCCUUUCUGCAGAAGAGGUUUCCCAAGUUGGCUCCUCCUCCCGAAGACAAGCUCGCAGCGGCGUUUAUCAACUGCACAGGAUCCCAGUUUCAUUUCAAUACAAUAACUGGGUCGGGAUGUAAUCCGGUUCAGUCCUGGCACGCGCUAGACUUUGUCCGCGACCUAGUAACACAGACAAUGAUUACCCCCGCCGACAUCUUCAUCAUCACACCCUACGAAGCCAACGUCGAUUUCAUCGAGGGUGAGAGGCAAAAGUCGUGGUACUCGGCAAUCUCAUCCAUGGCUCCAGCUGCUACAGUUGAUGACUUCCAGGGCCGCCAAGGAAACAUUAUCAUUCUUGUUGCGGCAACGACACAGGAUUCAGAGCCGGGCUACAUCUCCGAUAUACAUUAUCUAUGCGUCAUGCUCAGUCGUCACAUAUCUGGAUUGGUCAUUUUUGGUGACCACAGCUUCCCGCAGACGUAUGAUACUACCAAUGCCCGGAACGGUGAACUUGAAACCGAUGAUAACCCCAUGAUUCUGAAUUGGGGGAGAGAUGACAAUAGUGUGAGGGAAGGGCCAGGUUGGAGGAAUAUGCUGAGUAUCUUGAUGCGGAAAAAGCGAGUUGCUACUCUGCCGGUUCCCGAACCCCUCGACAAUACCACAUCCGACGUCUCAUAG